AUGAAAAUUGUCAUUCAAAGAGUCAAAUCGGCUUCGGUAUCCGUUGAUGAAGAAUUGAUCUCAUCUAUUGGCCGCGGACUGCUGGUGUUUGCAGGGAUUGGUCACGAUGACACCGAGAAGGAAGCAGAGAAUCUUGUGAAUAAGGUGCUGAAGGCAAAAUUUUGGCCAGAUGAUGAUGGCAAACAGUGGAAGAAGAAUGUGCAGGAAAUAGAGGGCGAGGUACUCUGUGUCUCCCAGUUUACCCUCUAUGGCAAGAUGAAGAAAGGCAAUAAACCCGAUUUCCACGAUGCAGCCAAGCCCGAGACUGCCCGCAAGGUCUACGAUCACUUCUACAACAAAAUGAGCUCCUCCUAUAAACCUGAACGAGUGAAAAAUGGUGUCUUCCAGGCGAUGAUGGAGGUGGAAUUAAAAAAUGAUGGGCCAGUGGGUGUUGACUACCGCAGUGAAGACGCGGCGGUUACUAUUGAGAUCAAUACCAAUCUUCCGAAGAAGGAGCCUAAAGAGCCCAAGGCUGACACGAACGACGAGAGCGGGGAGGCGGAUGAGAUCAACCGUACAUUUGAAUUCAAAUUACCGGCAGAGUUGCUGCAAUAA